AAAUGAAUCCGGCAACUGGCCCUCUUGGGCAAAGAUUAUGCCAGCUGGCUCCCUGAGACCCUUAGUCUGCCAGGAAGGGCGAAAGCAAAAUUCCCUUCUGAAAUCGAACCUUUCUUCUUAAAAACAACCGGGGUCAGUGGGUAUCCCACCCCAGAGAAAUCCACACACGUUCCUAUAUGGAGAGAGCUCCCCACAAAGCUGAAUGUGGUUUUCAAAGGUUACUGCGGCCCUCCAGCCUCUCCAGCUCAGGCCUCCUGCGAGCAGAAACCAGGACCUCGAGGAAGAAGGCUCUUCUACCACCGGCUGGCAAAACCCUGUGUUGUGAGGACUUUCGUAACUGGCUGAAUGAAUGCUUUGCCCAAGAUAGUUGGGCUUUCCUGGUCUGUAAGAGUAAACAAAAGAGCCUAGUAGCGCAGAGGGACAUGAAAGAGGGCAAGUGUGCUCAGGAGUCCCUGGGUAACCUGGGGACCGUGGCUCAUUGAACCCAACUGAUGACAUCUGAAUGGCCACUACCCCCUCAGCCUCGUCAGUCACCUGGGGUCCCAGCUCCCCCUUCUUCUUCAAGCCCGGAGGGAGCAGAGAGAGCUGAUUGGCCUCAGAGCUCUGUAAAACUCAAGAGUUGGACUAGAAGAAGGCUCUUACAUUGCCUUCUGCAUCUUGGCAUUGUGUGGUUCCACUGAUGAUUGACUCCGGAGGGAAGAGAUCCCUUGGCUGGGGCUGGAAGCUGAUGGCCCAGGCCAGGUGACCGCGUGGGCUACGUGCGAGUGUGCCCGCCUGGAGAGGAGGCAGAGGCAGGACCUGAUGUCGGAGACCAUGGACCAGCCGGCCGCUGGGCCUGGAAGCCCAAGGCCGGGAGAAAACGGGGAUGGCAGCAGAGAGCCGGGUACCUGCCAGGACCUUCUGCACCGCCUGCGGGAGCUGGAGGCGGAGAACUCGGCCCUGGCACAGGCCAACGAGAACCAGCGGGAGUCUUACGAGCGCUGCCUGGACGAGGUGGCCAACCACGUGGUGCAGGCCCUGCUCCACCAGAAGGACCUGCGGGAGGAGUGCAUCAAGCUGAAGAAGCGGGUGUUCGACCUGGAGCGGCAGAACCAGAUGCUCAGUGCCCUGUUCCAGCAGAAGCUCCAGCUCACAGCAGGCUCCCUGCCUCAGGUCCCACUCAGCCCACUCCAGCCGCCCCCAGAGCCGCCGGCCUCCCCCUCCCUGAGUUCCGCCGAGGGACCGGCCCCCUCACUGCCCAUGGGGCGCUCUGCUGGGCAGAGAGAGGUGUGCUGGGAGCAGCAGCUGCGGCCUGGAGGCCCAGGACCGCCAAUUGCCCCACCCCCAGCGCUGGACGCCCUGACCCCAUUCCUGCGGAAGAAAGCCCAGAUCCUGGAGGUGCUGAGAGCCCUGGAGGAGACCGACCCCCUGCUUCUGUGCUCCCCCGCCACCCCCUGGCGGCCUCCGGGGGAGGGGCCCGGCUCCCCAGAGCCCGUCAACGGGGAGCUGUGUAGCUCUCCUCGGCCUUUGCCCACACCCUGGGGCCCCUGCCUGCUGCUCGGACCCGGCAGCCUGGGGGGCCUGCUGCGCUGGGAGCAUCUCCUGGGGGCCCCAGGAGAGGAAGAGGGGACCGGGCAGCGCUGGGGCUCCAGCAGGGGGCCCCCCCAGGCCCAGGGCACGGGCUCUGGCCCGCACGGUGCCCCCGGCAGCAGCUCCUCAUCCUCUUCUGAUGAGGCAGGGGACCCCAAUGAGGCCCCAAGCCCCGAUACCCUGCUGGGUGCCCUGGCUCGCAAACAGCUGAACCUGGGCCAGCUCCUGGAGGACACGGAGUCCUACCUGCAGGCCUUCCUGGCGGGAGCAACAGGUCCACUCAACGGGGACCACCCGGGGCCUGGGCAGCCAGGCCCCCCAGACCAGAGGCCCCCACAGCUGCCCAAGUCCAAAGGCCUUCCCAAGUCAGCGUGGGGCGGGGGUACCCCAGAGGCCCAAAGGCCAGCCUUUGGUGCUACCUCAGAAGGCCAGGGGCCGCUCCCCUUUCUCAGCAUGUUCGUGGGUGCAGGGGACACCCCCCCAGGUUCUCGGCCUGGCCCCCCCCACUCCUCAUCUCAGGUGAAAAGCAAGCUCCAAAUCGGACCCCCGUCUCCCGGGGAGGCCCAGGGACCACUCCUGCCCUCUCCUGCCAGGGGCCUCAGGUUCCUAAAGCUGCCUCCAGCCUCGGAGAAGGUCCCCAGCCCAGGCGGCCCGCAGCUCAGCCCCCAGCUCCCCCGGAACUCCCGAAUCCCCUGUCGGAAUGGCGGCUCCGACGGGAGCCCCUCGCCGCUGCUGGCCCGACGGGGCCUGGGGAUAGGAGAGCUGUCCCCCGACGGGGCACAGGGCCUGCCCAUCAGCUCCUCACCCUGCUCCUCGGCCUCAGACUCUGCCCAGCUCAGACUCCCCCAGCCAGCCGUGCCCACCACACUGUCCCCAGGGCCAGGGAUGGCCCCUUGCUUCGAGAAUAUUCUGGACCUUUCCCGGGCCACCUUCAGGGGGGCUUCGCCAGAGCCCCCUCCCUCACCACUGCAGGUGCCCCCCUACCCACAACUGACCAUGGAGGUGCCACCCGCCACCGAGGUCCUCAGAAGCCCUGGCGUCCCCUCCAGCCCGUGCACCUCAGAACCGUGCCCCUAUGGGAGCCCCCCAGAGAAGAGCCCCGACAAGGCAGGCUGGGAAUCCCCCCACCCCGGACGCAGGACCCCAGGCAGCUCAGCCAAGAAGUCUGGCCAGGGGCCAGGGCGGCGGCCUGGGGAGCCUGGCUACACACCCCUGCGGGACAGACUGGCUGCCCUGGGCAGACUGAAGACAGGCCCCGAGGGGCCUCUGGGUCCAGAGAAGAAUGGACUGGCAGCCAGGCUGGGCAGCGAGAAGGCCCGGGGACCCGGGAGGUCAGCCGAGAGCACUGUAGGAGACCCAGGGCCUCCCAGCACCAGAGCCCCUGAGCAGCCAGACACCAAGGGCGCACUUCGAGGGCCGGUGGCCUUGGGCACAAACAGCCUGAAGCAGCAGGAAGCCGGGCUCCUGGGGGACCCCGGAGCCCGAGUUUACUCCUCCCACUCCAUGGGGGCCCGGCUAGACUUGGAGCCCAUCUCACCGAGGAGCUGCCUCACCAAAGUGGAGCUGGCCAAGAGCCGGCUGGCAGGGGCCCUGUGCCCCCAGGCCCCCCGGGCCCCUGCCAAAGUGCCAACCUCAGCCCCCAGCCUGGGCAAGCCCAAUAAGAGCCCCCACAGCAGCCCCACCAAACUGCCUUCCAAGUCCCCCACCAAAGUGGUGCCCCGGCUCGGGGCCCCCUCGGUCAACAAGGAGGCCCCCAAGUCGGACAAGGGGAAGGGCCCGCCGUGGGCGGACUGUGGUGGUGCCCCGGCCCCACCCACACCCCCAGCGGCUGGCCCCACCGACCCCAGCCCGGGCCCUGAGGGGCCAGCCCCCCACUCGGCCAUCGAGGAGCAGGUGAUGAAGGGCAUCGAGGAGAACGUGCUGCGGCGCCAGGGCCAGGGCCAGGCGCUGGCCGCCGAGGCCAAGCACCGCAGCACCAGCAGCAUCGCCAGCUGGUUCGGCCUGAAGAAGAGCAAGCUGCCGGCCCUGAACCGCCGCACGGAGGCCGCCAAGGGCAAGGAAGGGGCCAGCGGCUCCCCGCUCCGCAAGGAGGCCAAGACGGAAGCCCGGAAGCUGGAGGCGGAGAGCCUCAACAUCUCCAAGCUGAUGGCCAAGGCAGAAGACCUGCGCCGCGCCUUGGAGGAGGAGAAGGCCUACCUGAGCAGCAGGGCGCGGCCCCGGCCCGGGGGGCCAGGCCCAGGGCCGCAGGUGCAGGGCCAGCUGGCCGGCAUGUACCAAGGUGCAGACACCUUCAUGCAGCAGCUGCUCAACAGGGUGGAUGGCAAGGAGCUACCGCCCCAAAGUUGGCGGGAGCCCAAGCCCGAGUACGGGGGCUUCCAGCCAGUGUCCGCUGACCCCAAGAACCCCUGGCCAGCCUGCGGGCCCCGAAAUGGCCUGGUAGGUCCCCUGCAGGGCUGUGGAAAGCCUCCUGGGAAGCUGAGCAGCGAGCCAGGGAGGCGAGAAGAGGUCCCUGCAGAGGACAGCCUGGCCGAGCCAGUGCCCCCCUCACACUUCACAGCCUGUGGCUCCCUGACCCGAACCCUGGACAGUGGCAUUGGGACCUUUCCGCCCCCAGACCAUGGCAGCUGUGGCCCCCCCAGCAAGAAUGUACCCAAGACUAAGCCUCCACGGCUAGAGCUGCCCCCCGGGGCAACCCCCGCUCGGCCCCCGCCCCUCACUAAGGUUCCCCGCCGUGCCCACACACUGGAGCGUGAGGUGCCAGGCAUGGAGGAGCUGCUGGUGAGUGGGCGGCACCCCAGCAUGCCGGUCUUCCCCGCGCUGCUCACUGCAACGCCCAGCCACCGCGGCCAUAAGACCUGUCCUGAGGAUCCCUGUGAGGACCCAGGCGCACCCCCCGCCAGCCAGCUGGCCAAGAACUGGACCUUCCCCAACGCACGGGCCACCAGCUGCUCUGCUGACCCCUUCCUCUGCACGCCCCGGCAGCUGGAGGGACUGCCCCGGACCCCCAUGGCCCUGCCCGUGGACCGGAAGCCGAGCCUGGAGCCCAGCCGCCCAUCCACCACCACGCCCCCAGGCCCAGUGUCUGGGGGCAGCCGCACCCCCAGCACAUCGGACAUGGGCGAGGAUGCCCGCGCUGCCAGUGGAGGUGCCCCGGGGCUGGAGACCUCGGAGUCCCUCAGUGACUCGCUCUACGACUCGCUGUCCUCCUGUGGGAGCCAGGGCUGAGGCCAGUGCCACCCCACAGCCCCCCGCCGGAGCUGGGGACCACAGGCCGAACCUCGCCAGGGGCCCGUGGGUUGCCCCCCGAAGGGACCAAGGAGGCCAAUGGAAAAGGAGGUGGCGGGGUCCCUGGCACCCCUGCCCGCCGGGCACCGCUGCUGUGGAUGAGAUGAUCCUGCUCUCAGCUCAGGGAGGGACCCUGCCCUUGGUCCCCUCUCUCACCCAGAAUAAGGCUCUUCUCCAAAGGGGUUGGGGCCCCGCCCCCAGCUUCCACUGGAGACUGAGCUGAGCCGUCUUCUUGUGGUGCUGGGCCCUGCCCACCUGCUGUGCCAUCUCCGCCCAACCUGGCCAAGCCCCUGCCUGGAGCAUCCUGGGGCCAGGCCCUGCCCCUGUGCUGGGGGAUCCAGGGGCUGAGGGGGACCAGGUGCCUUCUCUCCGUCUGCCUGGCCCUCUCUGCUGUUUGGAUGGUGCUGACCUCCCUGCCCCGCGUCUUUGGGGCUCGUUUGUCUCGUCGUCUUUUUUUGUUUUGUUUUUAUAUUAAAGCGCCUGGCCCAGUCCUCACCACCACCCCGGACCCCAAACUGCGGUUAAUUUAUCUGUUGUUAAAAAUGUGGCUGUUCUGCUUUCAGCCUCCGCUUCUGCCGUCUCCCCAAUAAAACGUGCAGGCUCCUCCCUGCCCCCCAA